GAUACUUUUUUUUUUAGAGACAAUUGCUCCAUUGAAUCCGCGAGGGAGACUUAAAAGCGUGAAAUGCAUUAAAAAGAUUUGCGACAUUGCACGGGCACCUGUGGCGAUUGUGGCCGGUGGCGCCCCGCAGACAGGCUGGCCUGGGUGUGUCCCUGGGCGGGGAAGUAGUGCCCACCCACCCCGCUGCGUCUCCUUCCUGACGACUAUAUGAAGAGGUGUCCGUGCAGCACACUCUUCAGCCUCAUCUGUGCAUGCUGCCUUGCCCUUUCCGUCUCAACAAGAAGAAACAACUCGCACCUGUGGGAAUUACUUCCAGACCUCAAGAUGCCUCGGUCGUUCCUUGUCAAGAAGUAUUUUUCCAGCAAGAAGCCACCAUGCUACAAGGAUAGCCACCUGGAGAGCCAAACUGCUUUGGUCCCAGAAAGUUUCCCACGGGCUGAUCUUCCAACCCAGAACUCUGCCCUGACCUACUACCCCUCAGACCUUUUUAGCAGCAUGGACACACUGCCUGCACCACUUUCUCCCAUCGCCCCGGCGUCCCUCCCGCCAUCACCACUUGGACCUCUGGACCUCAGCAGUUCUCCCUUCAGCAGCAGCGGUGAGGAAGAGGAAGACGGGGGCCGUUCUUCGGACCCCCCCAGCCCGGAUGUCAUCCAGUUUGGAUACCACUGUGUGUACUGCAGUAAGAGCUAUGCCAGCCUCUCCGCACUGUCCCACCACCAGAAAUCCCACCACCGUCAGCUCCCCCCGGUCAGCUCUCCGUCACCGCCCACUGAUGUGUUGGCGUCACGGCCGGCCUUCCAUUGCAAACAUUGCCCCAAGGAGUACACCAGCCUGGGCGCCCUGAAGAUGCACAUCCGCUCCCACACGUUGCCGUGUGUGUGUCCCACUUGCGGAAAGGCCUUCUCCAGACCUUGGUUGCUAAGGGGACACAUUCGCACACACACAGGUGAACGUCCGUUCGCUUGUCAGCAUUGUAACCGGGCCUUUGCCGACCGCUCCAACCUCCGUGCACACCUGCAGACACACUCCGAAGUGAAGAAGUACCAAUGUGGCUCCUGCUCGCGGACCUUCAGUCGCAUGUCUCUGCUGCACAAACACAACGCCUCCGGAUGCAGCCCUGCCUCGUAGCUCCAUUGGUGCCACACCCACCUGGGGGACUUUGCCUUGAGUGCCUUUUUAAUAAUUGCUGGAGGGUCUGUUUUUCCAUUUAAAAUUGGUGUCUGCAGCAGCCUAUAGACCAGUGGUUCUUAACCUUGUUGGAGGUACCGAACCCCACCAGGUUCAUAUGAGCAUUCACCGAACCCUUUAGUGAAAAAUAUUUUUCUUAUUUUCAAAUUCAAGACCUAGUUAUAUGUUUUUUUUUUACUGGUGCAUACAAUGAAUUGUGCAUGAACAUCAGCUUGCUCAAAGAACAAAACCAACUCAGUGCAUAAACUCACAACUAUUUACACACUUGCAAAUCAGAAGGAACAUUGUUUAGGGAUAUCCAUAAUACGCCGAUAGAGAAUUUUUUUUAAUUUACUCAUCAAGUCGGGUGUGUCUUGACCUCCGCCAAACCCCUGAGGCUGACUCACCGAAUCCCUAAGGUUCCAUCGAACCCAGGUUAAGAACCACUGCUAUAGACUUAUGUAUGACACAACAGCAGCUGGACAUGUAGUUAAAUCCCAGGAAACCCCAAUUGGUGCCGGCCGGUCCGGGACUCUGGCCACGUUGCAGCUGCUUGGGUGUGUUUUUUGUGUGUAUGUGGGGAUGCCAUUCCUUAUUAUACAUGCAUGAUGUGUGCGUGUUGAGACAGCUGCCUGAGAAGGUGCGUAGCAGGUGACCCUCCACUCACCCAUUCAGGAGCCCCACGGGGUGUCCCCGCAUAUGAACAGACCACUUAAGCUUGACCAAAUGACCCAGUUUGCUUUCACCACUAUUACUCUAGUGUCUUAAUGGUGUGUGUGUCUUUUUUAAAGUUGUUUAUGAAGUAUUUUGAUCAUCACAUGCCUUGUUUGUGCAUUUUUUCCCCUGCCACAUGUAAAUAAAAGCUUUGUUGUAGAAAAAA